GUUUAGCAUAAAAUUUUGCUUUGUUUAGGGUUUAUGAUUUCAGUUCAUCUCUAGGUUCAUAGUUUUUGCUAAAUGAUCUUGAAGUCAUUACUUCAUGACUUGCAUUUAAUUAUUGCAGGUGGUUCACUAUUUCUAUUUGAUCGAACGGUUUUGAGAUACUUCAGAAAGGAUGGGCAUAAUUGGAGAAAGAAAAAACAUGGAAAAACCGUGAAAGAAGCGCAUGAAAAAAUGAAGGGGUUGUGGCAUUUUUCAAUCAAAUUUAGGUGGGAAGUAUUGACGUGUUACAUUGCUACUAUGCCCAUGGUGAAAAAAAUGAAAAAUUUCAGAAACGAAGCUAUUGGAUGCUGGAACCGAUUUUAAUUUGCAAGAUAUCUGAGUUUUGGUAUUUGCAGCUACCAUGGAAAAUAGGCAAGAAAAUUUAAUUCCCCCAUCCUUGCCUAACCAGCAACUGCUGUUCUUCGAUGAGGAACUAUGGCUGAUGGCUGAAGAAAGGGCCCAAGAGAUACUAUGUACAAUUCAACCAAAUGUAAUUUCUGAGGUGACUAGAAAGGAGAUUAUUGAAUAUGUUCGGAGGCUGAUUAGAGGUUACUAUGGAGCAGAGGUUAGAAUAUUUUGAUCCAAUUUACAUAUUU